AUGGCCCCCGUCGUCGUCUCCCCCGACACCAACCAACGGGUCACUAACCUGCUGCACAGACUCGAGGCCGCCACCUCGCGCCUCGAGGACAUUGCUUCCUCCACCAUCGAGAUCCCCCAGGCCGUGCCCGCCCUCAAAGAAACUCUCGCAUCCCCCGAUGCCUCCUCCAAGGCCAUCUCCGAUGCGCCGUCCCGUGCGCCCUCCGCGCCUGCCCACAGCGCAGCUGCAGCUGCCGACGAGCCCCUGCCCGACUCCAUCGAGGACUUCGAUGCCUUCCUCAAGUCAUCCGUCGAGAAUUACUCCCGCCUCAGCAAGGCCAUUGGUGGGCUCAUCGCCGAGCAAGCUGCCAAGGUCGUCCAUGGCUUCCAGGAGGAGCGCAAGUUCCUCCUCAUCACGACCAAGGCCAAGAAGCCCAACCUGAGCAACAGCGAUGACAUGGAAGCAUACCAGAAGCUGCUCAAGCCCAUCAACGAGUCUCUGAUGGCUGUUAUGAAUAUCAAGGAAUCCAACAGAGGGUCCCCCGACUCUAACGAGCUCAGCGCUGUAGCUGAAGGCAUCAUGCUGCUGGCCUGGGUCACGGACGAGGCCAAGCCGCACAAGCACGUUGAGAAUUCGCUGGGAUCCGCACAAUAUUAUGGUAACCGAGUGAUUAAGGACAACAAGGACAAGAACCCGCAGCAAGUCGAGUGGAUACAGUCAUUCCACCAGAUCUUCAAGGACCUUGGCGAAUACAUCAAGCAGUACUUCCCCUCUGGCAUCCCAUGGAAUGCCCGGGGCGAGCCAGUCCAGGAGGUUGUCAAGGCUGCGUCCACCUCUGCAGCACCAGCCUCUGCGCCAGCACCGCCUCCACCAGCCGCUGGUGGUCCCCCACCGCCUCCGCCACCGGGGCCCCCACCAGUUCUCCAGAUCAAUGAAAAGAAGGAAGCUCCCAAGCCGGCAGCAGGCGGCCUCGACGCCGUGUUCUCGGAACUCAACAAAGGCGAGGCCGUCACCGCGGGCCUGCGAAAGGUCGACAGGUCCGAGAUGACGCACAAGAAUCCCUCGCUGCGCGCCAGCAGCACGGUGUCCGACACCUCAAGGGGCAAGAGCCCUGCGCCCGGGAAGAAGCCAAAGCCGGAAAGCAUGCGAGCCAAGAAGCCCCCUGUCAAGACGUUCGAGGGCAACAAGUGGACGAUUGAGAACUUUGAGAAGGAGGCGAACCCCAUCGAGAUCGAGGCCUCGCUGUCGCACUCGAUCCUGAUCAGCAGGUGCAACAACACGACGAUCAUAGUCAAGGGCAAGGCCAACGCUGUGACCAUCGACAACACGAACAGGCUCAACCUGAUCGUGGACACGCUUGUUUCCUCCGUCGACGUGGUCAAGUCCCAAAACUUCGCGCUUCAAGUACUAGGCACGAUCCCCACCGUCAUGGUGGACUCCGUGGAUGGUGCCCAGGUCUACUUCAGCAAGGAGAGCACGGCCACCAAGAUCAUCCACUCCAAGUCUGCGGGCAUCAACCUCAAUGUUAUCUCUGGGCCGGACGAUGAUUAUGUCGAAGUUCCCCUGCCGGGACAGAUCAGCUCGUACUACGACCCUGAGAAGGGGGCGCUGGUGGAUGAGAUUGUGUCCCACGCCGGUUAG